CGCUUUACAGGCUUUACAGGCUUUACACAGUUCCGGGUUUUCAGGUCUAACGUGUGUUUUGUUGUGUUCGUUAGAGCGGAAGUACAGCGGCAGGAAGUAGAAAGUUAACACUUCCGGAAACAUUUGCGCGGAGGCUAGCAGAAGAGGCUAACGGAGUUUGUUUGAGCAUCAGUGUGAUUAUUCCAGCAUUAAUCCCGCUGUGUUUGACGGGUGUCUGACGGAUAUGAUCUCUGAGCGCGGAUGGGGCGCGGGGCGCGGAGCAGCGAGCGCGGGAGACAGCUGAAGUGACCCGCGGCGGAGCAGCUUUUGUUCGGCGCGCUUCUCUCGGAGUAAACACGGAAACACUGCCCGUCUGAAGCCGCUUCGUGUUGGGUUACAGCGAGCAGGAAUGAGCCGCUGAUGAUGAAGAAGAAGAUCUGAGGCGCAGCGGUGACUCAUGGCGCUGUUCCGCGAGUUCCAGGCUCCGCCGGAGUGUCCGGUGUUCGAGCCCAGCUGGCAGGACUUCAGCGACCCGUUCAGCUUCAUCCACAAGAUCCGGGAGAUCGCCGAGAACACGGGCCUCUGCAAGAUCCGCCCGCCGCAGGGCUGGCAGCCUCCCUUCGCCUGUGACGUGCGUAGUUUCCGGUUCACUCCUCGAGUGCAGCGGCUCAAUGAGCUGGAGGCGCUCACCAGAGUCAAGCUCAACUUCUUGGACCAGAUCGCCAAGUUCUGGGAGCUGCAGGGCUGCAGGCUGCGCUUGCCUCACGUGGAGAGGAGAGUGCUGGACCUGUACCUGCUGAGCAAGCUGGUGUCUGCGGAAGGAGGGUUCGAGGUGGUCUGUAAGGAGAAGCGCUGGUCCAGGAUCAGCAGCCGCAUGGGUUUUCCGGCCGGGAAGGGCGUGGGGUCGCUGCUGCGCUCUCACUUCGAGAGGAUCCUGUAUCCGUAUGAGCUCUUCCAGUCCGGAGCGUCUCUGACCAGCGUUCACAGGCUUUACCCAGAAGCCCCUGACCCCGAGGACGUAGAUGAAGGCAUUGGAGGUGGAGAGGAGGAGGCUGCAGAUGAGGAUGAAGAGAAGGAGAGACGAGCCGAGAGACGCUCCCCUCGACGGCUCAAGGACGAGAGAGAAAACACGGAGCCCAAAGGCAUGCAGGUGUUCAGCGGCAGCCCGCAGCUCCUCGGGUUAGACAUCAUGACCGCAGCAGAUGAGGAGGGCUUCCUCAGGAAACAGAAGCACAUGAGGGCUCAGGCGUUUGCCAUUAAGAUGCGUCCACGCAAGGAGGUGCUGGAGGUCAAUUACAUUGACCUGUACAUGUGCAUGGCGUGUGGGCGGGGCGACGAGGAGGACCGCCUCCUGCUGUGUGACGGCUGUGACGACAGCUACCACACCUUCUGCCUGAUCCCGCCGCUGCAGGACGUGCCCAAAGGAGACUGGCGCUGCCCCAAGUGUGUGGCAGAGGAGUGCAGCAAGCCUCGCGAGGCGUUCGGCUUCGAGCAGGCCGUGCGCGAGUACACGCUCCAGAGCUUCGGCGAGAUGGCCGACCACUUCAAGUCCGACUACUUCAACAUGCCUGUUCACAUGGUGCCGACGGAGCUGGUGGAGAAGGAGUUCUGGCGUCUGGUCAGCAGCAUCGAGGAGGACGUGAUCGUGGAGUACGGCGCUGAUAUCAGCUCCAAGGACGUGGGCAGCGGGUUCCCAGUGCGAGACGGCAAGAGAAAACUCAUCGGCGACGAGGAUGAGUACGCGAGCUCCGGCUGGAACCUGAACAACAUGCCUGUGCUGGAGCAGUCGGUGCUGACGCACAUCGGCGGGGACAUCAGCGGCAUGAAGCUGCCCUGGCUGUACGUGGGCAUGUGCUUCUCGUCCUUCUGCUGGCACAUCGAGGACCACUGGAGCUACUCCAUCAACUACCUGCACUGGGGCGAGCCCAAGACCUGGUACGGUGUUCCCGCUCACGCCGCCGAGCAGCUGGAGUCCGUCAUGAAGAAAGUGGCUCCGGAGCUCUUCGACUCCCAGCCGGACCUCCUGCAUCAGCUGGUCACCCUGAUGAACCCCAACCUCCUCAUGGAGCACGGCGUCCCGGUGUACCGGACCAAUCAGUGCGCGGGAGAGUUUGUCGUCACCUUCCCGAGAGCCUAUCACAGCGGCUUCAAUCAAGGCUACAACUUUGCUGAGGCCGUCAACUUCUGCACCGCAGACUGGCUGCCCCUCGGCAGGCAGUGUGUGGCGCAUUACCGGCGUCUGCAGCGCUACUGCGUCUUCUCCCACGAGGAGCUGGUGUGUAAGAUGGCGGCGGAUCCGGACAGUCUGGACGUGGAGCUGGCGGCGGCUGUGGUGCGAGAGCUCAGCGAGAUGAUCGAGGAGGAGAGCCGGCUGAGAGCAGCGGUGCAGGACACGGGGGUGGAGAGCUCGGAGCAGGAGGUGUUCGAGCUGGUGCCCGAUGACGAGCGGCAGUGCUGGAAGUGCAAGACCACCUGCUUCCUGUCUGCGCUCACCUGCAGCUGCAGCCCGCAGCGUCUGGUGUGUCUGCAUCACGCCGCCGAGCUCUGCAGCUGCGCAGCCAGCAACAAGUGCCUGCGGUUCCGGUACGAUCAGGACGAGUUUCCCGCCAUGCUCCACGGGGUGAAGUCGCGUGCGCAGUCUUACGACACCUGGGCCAGGAGGGUCACGGAGGCGCUGGCGGCCGAUAGCAAGUGCAAGAAAGAUCUGAUCGAGCUGAAGGUGCUGCUGGAGGACGCGGAGGACCGGAAGUACCCCGAGAACGGCCUGCUGCGCAGCCUGAGAGACACGGUGAAGGAGGCCGAGACCUGCUCGUCUGUAGCUCAGCUGCUGCUCAGCCACAAGCAGAGGCACAGAAGAGAGCGUCCCGAGAGCAGCGCACAGAAGGCACGCAGCAAGCUGACGGUGGAGGAGCUGAAGGUGUUUGUGGAGCAGCUGUACCGCCUGCCCUGCGUCAUCAGCCAGGCCCGGCACGUCAAGGAGCUGCUGGAGAGCGUGCAGCACUUCCACGAGCGGGCGCAGGCCGCGCUGGCCGACAGCACGCCGGACUCCGGGAAGCUGCAGGCGCUGCUGGAGCUGGGCUCGGGGCUGGAGCUGGAGCUGCCGGAGCUGCCGCGGCUCAAGCAGGAGCUGCAGCAGGCGCGCUGGCUGGACGAGGUGCGGCUGACGCUGGCCGAGCCGCAGCGCCUCACGCUGGAGCUGAUGAAGCGGCUGAUCGACUCCGGCGUGGGCCUGCCGCCGCAUCACGCCGUGGAGAAGGCCAUGGCCGAGCUGCAGGAGCUGCUGACGCUGUCCGAGCACUGGGAGGAGCGGGCGCGAGCCUGUCUGCAGGCCAGGCCUCGUCACAGUCUGCUGACGCUGGAGAGCAUCGUGAUGGAGGCCAAGAAUAUCCCAGCGUACCUGCCCAAUGUUCUGGCCCUCAGAGACGCCCUGCACAAGGCCAAAGAGUGGACGGCCCGAGUGGAGGCCAUUCAGAACGGCAGUAACUACUCCUACCUGGAGCAGCUGGAGGGCCUGUUAGCCAGAGGACGCUCCAUCCCCGUCAGAUUAGAGGCUCUGCCGCAGGUGGAGUCACAGGUGGCUUCUGCCAGAGCCUGGAGGGAGAGAACCGCCCGCACCUUCCUGAAGAAGAACUCCACCUACACCCUGCUGCAGGUGCUCAGUCCGCGCGUGGACAUCGGCGUGUACGGCACCAGCAAGAGCAAGCGCAAGCGUGUGAAAGAGCUGCUGGAGAAGGAGCGCGGCCUGGAGCUGGAUGCUCUGAGCGACCUGGAGGACAGCGUGGAGGACACGCGUGACCCCGCCGCCGUGGUGGCCGCCUUCAAAGCCAGAGAGCAGCAGGAGCUGGAGGCCAUCCACUCGCUGCGCGCCGCCAACCUGGCCAAGAUGGCUCUGGUGGAGCGCAUCGAGGAGGUCAAGUUCUGCCUGUGCCGCAAGACGGCCGGCGGCUUCAUGCUGCAGUGCGAGCUGUGCAGGGACUGGUUCCACGGUGCCUGCGUGCCGCUGCCCAAAGCCGGCUCUCAGAAAAAGCUGGUGUCCGGCAGCAAGGAGUGCAAGUUCCUGUGCCCGCUGUGCCAGCGCUCGCGGCGGCCGCGGCUGGAGACCAUCCUGUCGUUGCUGGUGUCGCUGCAGAAGCUGCCGGUGCGGCUGCCCGAGGGAGAGGCGCUGCAGUGCCUGACGGAGAGGGCCAUGGGCUGGCAGGACCGCGCUCGACAGGCCCUGGCCACCGACGAGCUCUCCUCCGCUCUGGCCAAGCUCUCCGUGCUCAGCCAGCGCAUGGUGGAGCUCGCCGCCCGAGAGAAGACCGAGAAGAUCAUCAACGCUGAGCUGCAGAAGGCCGCCGCCAACCCCGACCUGCAGGGGCACAUCCAGACCUUUCAGCAGGCCGGCUUCAGCAGGGCCACGUCACCACGGCCCUCCAUGGACUACGACGACGAAGAGACGGACUCAGACGAGGACAUCAGAGAGACUUACGGAUAUGACGUCAAGGACUCAGGAGAGGUGAAGCCGUACUUGUUCUGUGAUGAGGAGAUUCCUGUGAAGUCGGAGGAGGUGGUCAGUCACAUGUGGCCGACGACGCCGUCUUUCUGCGCGGAGCACGCGUACUCCUCUGCCUCGAAGUCCUGUCCUCAGAAUCCGGCGGCGCCGCGCAAGCAGCCCAGGAAGACGCCGCUGGUGCCGCGCAGCCUGGAGCCUCCGGUGCUGGAGCUCUCUCCGGCGGCCAAGGCCCGGCUGGAGGAGCUGAUGAUGGAGGGAGACCUGCUGGAGGUGUCUCUGGACGAGACGCAGCACAUCUGGAGGAUCCUGCAGGCCACGCACCCGCCCUCAGAGGACAAGUUCCUGCAGGUCAUGGAGCCUGAGGACGCUCUGCUGGACAAACCCGUCAAGCUGAAGCUGAAGGACGCGGAGAAGAAGAGGAAGAGGAAGCUGGAGAGAGCCGAGCAGCAGCUGCUGCUGGCCGCCGGCGGCGUGGAGGGACGCUCCAAGUCCAAAGACAUGAAGCGGGUUCUGGAGCUCAAGCCCAAGAAGAAGAAGCUGAAGCUGAGCCCGGACAAGUCCCGCGAGCUGAAGCAGCUGGCCAAGCGGCUCGCCAAAGAGGAGAAGGAGCGCAAGAGGAAGGAGAAGGCGGCGGCCAAGGCCGAGUUCCCCAAGGACGCUCUGGAGAAGAAGAGCCGGAAGAUUCUGGACAUUCCCUCCAAGUACGACUGGUCCGGAGCAGAGGACUCCAACGACGAGAACGCCGUCUGCGCCGCCAAGAACUGCCAGCGGCCCUGCAAGGAUAAGGUGGACUGGGUCCAGUGUGACGGCGGCUGUGACGAGUGGUUUCAUCAGGUGUGUGUGGGAGUGUCCUGUGAGAUGGCCGAGAAUGAGGACUACAUCUGCUUGGCCUGCUCGCGUAAAACCACCGUCACGGCUGUUAAAGUGGGAGCAGAGACUGUGGUGAUGUCCUCGCCGGUGGUGCCAGCGCUGCCCCAGACCGACCCCCCGGAGAGCAGUUAACCGCACCAACACACUCCCAACACACAACCAGCUGCUGCAUCACCUCCUGUGUCCGGUAGAUUUAGCUCUUCAUUACUGUAGUCCUGGAGGAGCCACCUGAUGCAUCAAGACUGGAUAAACAUGGUCAGGGGAAGCCUAACCUAAACCAGCGAACUAACCCGAGUCCAGAGCUCAUCUGCUGCGUCAUCAUGAGAUCCUGCAGCGCUGAACGUCCUGCUCGGACCCAGGCUCUGCCCUCAGCAUACAGAGGACGGGGCAUGUAAUGGUUGUAUUUAGUGAAUCUAUUUAUUAUGUACGUGGAUUUUAAACAGUUCAUGAUGGGAAGGUCUUUUUCUCAGCUUUUGUCAAAUAAAGAAAGAAGAUUGAUGAUGAUGA